GAUCCAAGGUCUAUAUACAUAAUGUGAUUUAUAACUAUGCCCUAUGGAAAAGAGCACCCCAUUCUUGUCUUUUUGUGUUACAGAUUUCUCUUGUACAAUUUCUCAUUGAAAAUUGCCUUAAAAUAUUUGGAGAAGACAUCACUUCCCUCUUGGGAGAGAACUCAAUGAGUCCUGGUAACAGCGAGCAGGCUGCAGACUCCAGCCUGAAGACUGUGAAAACCCGUUCUUUCAGAGAUAGGGCGUUUUGUCGGGGUUCCAGCACUUCCCAGCACAACCAGUGCACAGCCCCACCUUCCGCAAAGCCAGGACAGCUCUUUGGAGUUCCCCUCAUGGAUGUGUGUGAUAAAGACAACUUCUCCUUCCCAAUUCUGGAUUUUCUUAGAAAUAUACACGGAAGUAUAUUUUUAUCUGAUCUCUAUGACAAAUGGCUCGGUGUUAUUGAUCAAGGCAACGAAGAGGAGAAGAUAACUGCAGCCCAGAGGCUUUUACCCCAGCUGCCAAGAGCAAAUGUCAUUGUCUUGCGAUACCUUUUUGGAGUGCUAUACAACAUUGAGCAACAUUCCUCAUCCAAUCAGAUGACAGCUUAUAAUUUAUCCGUUUGUAUAGCCCCAAGCGUUCUUUACCCACCUGAUUCCGGCAGCUUGGAAUUGGAAGACAACUUGAUAAAAAAGAUUGCUCUUGUACAAUUUCUCCUUGAAAAUUGCCUCAGGAUAUUUGGCGAAGACAUCACUUCCUUCUUGGGAGAGAAGUCAAUGAGUCGUGACUCCGGCCAGAAAACUGUGAAAAGCUGUUCCUUCAGAGACAGGGCCUUUUGGUGGGGCUCCAGCACUUGCCAGCAAAACCAGUGCACAGCCCCACAUUCUGCAAAGCCAGGAGAGCUCUUUGGAGUUUGCCUCAUGGUUGUGUGUUAUAAAGACAACCUGGCCUUCCCAAUUCUGGCUAUGCUUUCCUUUAUUAAUCAAAAAGGGCCCCUCACAGAAGGCAUAUUCAGAAACUCAGCCAAUAUAAAAUCCUGCCAUGUCCUAAAGGAGAAACUAAAUUCUGGGGUCAAAGUGAACCCGUACAGCGAAUCUGUUCAUGUGGUCGCAUCCGUCUUAAAGGUAGGGAAGGUCCUAGCAUUAUCCACACACGAGUAACUGAAGCUAUGAUUGGUGUCCUUCAUCAUGACUGCUCAAGAACCAUAACGGGCAUAAUAGAUUAAGAACCUGACAAGCUGAAAAACGCUUG